ACCGCGGGCCCCAGUCCCUGGGCGGGGCUGGGCCGCCGCUAGAGCCAGCGCUGCCCGCGGAGGGACUGGAGCCCGGGCCCGAGCAGCGGCCGCUGCCGCCGCCGCCGCCGCCGCCGCCGCCAUGCGCUGGGUCCGCGCGCUGCUGAAAAAUGCGUCCCUGGCAGGGGCGCCCAAGUACAUCGAACACUUCAGCAAGUUCUCCCCGUCCCCGCUGUCCAUGAAGCAGUUUCUGGACUUCGGGUCCAGCAAUGCCUGUGAGAAAACCUCAUUCACCUUCCUGAGGCAGGAGCUGCCCGUGCGCCUGGCCAACAUCAUGAAAGAGAUUAACCUGCUUCCCGACCGGGUGCUGAGCACGCCCUCGGUACAGCUGGUCCAGAGCUGGUAUGUCCAAAGUCUCCUGGACAUCAUGGAGUUCCUGGACAAAGACCCCGAGGACCAUUGUACCCUGAGCCAGUUCACCGAUGCCCUGAUCACCAUCCGGAACCGCCACAACGACGUGGUGCCCACCAUGGCACAGGGCGUGCUGGAGUACAAGGACACCUACGGCGACGACCCGGUCUCCAACCAGAACAUCCAGUACUUCCUGGACCGCUUCUACCUCAGCCGCAUCUCCAUCCGCAUGCUCAUCAACCAGCACACCCUGAUUUUUGACGGCAGCACCAACCCGGCCCACCCCAAACACAUUGGCAGCAUCGACCCCAACUGCAACGUCUCCGAGGUGGUGAAGGAUGCCUAUGACAUGGCCAAGCUCCUGUGUGACAAGUACUACAUGGCCUCCCCUGACUUGGAGAUCCAAGAGAUCAAUACCUCCAACUCCAAACAGCCAAUUCACAUGGUCUAUGUCCCCUCCCACCUCUACCACAUGCUUUUUGAACUCUUCAAGAAUGCCAUGCGCGCAACUGUGGAAAGCCAUGAGUCCAGCCUUGUCCUCCCACCUAUCAAGGUCAUGGUGGCCUUGGGUGAGGAAGAUCUGUCCAUCAAAAUGAGUGACCGGGGUGGGGGAGUCCCCCUGAGGAAGAUCGAGCGACUCUUCAGCUACAUGUACUCCACAGCCCCCACCCCCCAGCCAGGCACUGGAGGGACCCCGCUGGCUGGCUUCGGGUACGGGCUCCCCAUUUCCCGCCUCUAUGCCAAGUACUUCCAGGGAGACCUGCAGCUCUUCUCCAUGGAGGGCUUUGGGACCGAUGCUGUCAUCUACCUCAAGGCCCUGUCCACGGACUCCGUGGAACGCCUGCCCGUCUACAACAAGUCAGCCUGGCGUCACUACCAGACCAUCCAGGAGGCGGGCGACUGGUGUGUGCCCAGCACGGAGCCCAAGAACACGUCCACCUACCGUGUCAGCUAGGGGCCGCCUCGCUCCCCUGCACCUGAGAGGAUGGACUGCUGUCCCUGGGACUGGCCACCACGGUGACCCUCCCCAGCCCCCCCCAGGUGGGGGGGAGGCUCUCCCUGAUGACCAGCUUCUGUCUCUGUGGAAAUCAUGGUGACCAGUCCGUGGGGGGCCCCUAAGUGCCAAUCUCUGUCUCCACGGAGACCCCUAAGUAGUCUCCCUGGUGUUCAGGCUCGGUGGGGCGAUGCCUGAGGACGGGGGACUGUCUCCAUCCUGAUGGGGUGUCCCAGAGCUGUUUCCAUGGCAGUCCUCCUUCUGAGACCAGGGCUGCCACUUUGCUGCCAGGGGUCCUGGGUCCCCCUCACUGCCCUCCACGGCCCUGACCUUCCAAGUGGACACCCUGCUUGCCUUCUCCUCCUCCCCCAGCCCGUGCAGGCACCCUGGCCCUCGUCCAGUGUCAGCAUUAGGAAGGAGCCGGGCGUCCCCGGGUGGAGAAAGGAGGUUGCAUCCUUGGGCCCCUGGCUGGGGACCUGGUCCGACAGCGCCUCCCUCCACCCGGAGCUUUGAAGGUCAAGGUUAGGAGGUGGGAGUUCUCACCCAGGGCUCACCCUUAAAGUGGGAGACCCUGGGAGGCCCCAGAGAUCAGGUGCCCUCAGCCAAGCUUCUCAGAGCCCCUCAGGCACCUCCUAAGCCCUCCCCUGGCAUGUCCUCACAUGCACACACCCACCUGCCGGCCCCACACCCACACGGUUCCACCUGAGCUCCAGACCCCACCUCCCACUGUGCCUGGACACGCAGGUGCUUGGGGUGGCUUUCUCCCUAGAAUGCUCUAUGUGCAUAGCUAGUUUUAUAGCCCCGAAAGCCCCCACCCUUCCCCUUAGCACACAGGGGGUUAAAGUUGUGUGUUCCUCCUAGUGGCUGUGAUGAUGACCGUGACAUCCACAGUAAAGAGGAGAUUGAAUGA